CUACAAGCUACAAGUGACGUCUAGUUCAAAGUGGCUGUCGAAAAACAUCAACUAACCUACUACUUUGAUUUAAGCUUUUAGUUUACAUGUUUUAUGGAUACAAUAAACGAAUUGGUGUUUGCAGAGUCUAAUCACGGUUUGACAUAACGGAUCUAGAGAAAUUUUCCAACAUGACUCCUGCUCCUUUAGAGGGGCUUCAAACGCCCGUCUUGCACGCUCCACCCGGGCAAGAAGGGGCCAGAGGUGGUUCGAUAUCUUUAGCAAUGUUGAUUGAUUUUAUCAUUCAAAGAACCUAUCAUGAGUUGACUGUACUUGCCGAACUAUUACCUCAAAAGACUGAUAUGGAGCGUAAAAUAGAAAUUUAUAAUUUUUCAUCUAGAACUAGACAACUGUUUGUACGUUUACUUGCAUUGGUAAAAUGGGCAAAUAGUGCAUCAAAAGUUGACAAAUCUUCACAUAUUAUGAGUUUUCUAGAUAAACAAGCUAUGUUAUUUAUUGAUACAGCUGAUAUGCUAGCAAGGAUGGCACGCGAAACGCUUGUAACUGCACGUUUACCUAGUUUUCACAUACCAGCUGCGGUAGAGGUUUUGACUACUGGAACAUAUUCAAGAUUACCAUCAUGCAUUAAAGACAAAAUAGUUCCACCCGAGCCUAUAACAGCAUCUGAAAGACAUCAAACCUUACAUCGAUUAAAUCAAGUAAUUCAGCACAGAUUAGUUUCUGGAAGUUUGUUACCACAAAUGAGAAAGUUUAAGAUUGAAGCAGGUCGAGUGACAUUCCACGUUGAGCACGAAUUUGAAGUGUCAUUAACUGUUAUGGGUGAUGGCCCUAAUAUACCAUGGAGACUGUUAGAUAUUGAUAUUCUUGUAGAAGAUAAAGAAACAGGAGAUGGGAAAGCUUUAGUGCAUACUCAGCAGGUCUACUAUAUUCAUCAAGUUAUUCAAUCUCGAUUAGUUGAUAAUGCAGAUCCAUUAAGUGAAGUUUAUAAUUGCUUGCAUUAUUUUUGCCAAAGCCUUCAGUUAGAGGUCUUGUACACACAGACCUUAAGUUUAUGUCGGGAUAGGCUAGAUGAUCAUAUUCAUGUGGACGAAUAUACACCUGGCAGAUGUCUAACUAUAUCAUAUUGGAGGGAAUUAACUAGUAAAGAUCCAAGGUCCGAGCUUGGAUAUAGGUUAUCUAUACAAGUUGAUUCACAUGAUCCAGCGAGACCUUUAGCUGUUGUUCAUGUUCCAACAUUAGGAAAUAAGGAAUCUGAGGUGGCAGAUAGAGCUAUUAGAUCUGAAUUGUUAUCGAUGGAACGAUUGCUUGUACACACUAUUUAUGUACGAACAAAAGGUCGAUUAACAGAACUAAAACUUGAACUUCAAGAUUUACUAAAAGAUGUCGAAUGUCACUUACAAGGAUCGCCAGCCAUAUUGUCGAUGCCUAUUUUACAACCCUGUUUACGAGCAGAGCAACUUCUAAUCACUGUAGACACCCACACGGGUAUAAUGCAGUGUCAUGUGCCACAAUAUCCACAAGCAAUGCAUGUUCCUGAACUACAACAAGCUUUAAAUGGUGAUCAUUCGCGUAUUCCUGGUCUGGUUUCUGAACUAAGAUAUUGGUUAACCCAAAGGAGGUGUGAGAAAACUUUACAACACUUGCCAGCAACUCCGCAUGAACGCUUACCAUUGUUGCAUUAUCCUGAUCAUCCAAUGUCUAAAAUAAGUCGGCAUCGAAUGUUUGUACAAUUACAUAGGCAUCCAGGUGUCAUAUUGAUAGUUGAAAUGAAAGAAAAGGAAACUUGUCAGACUGAGAUGGAUUUCAUAUUCCAUAUGGCAGUUGUAAAGCAUUCUAGUAUUGAUGAUGACCCACAUGAUGAAACAAUUGAAACAGAAUUUCCUAAAAUGUACCUUCGAGUCCAAAAUCUUAUAGAUUUUGAUUCAUUUGUUAUAACACAUGGUCCAUUUACGCAUGUUGAUGAACAACCGAAUGCCGUGGAGAGGACAAAUGGGCUAGCUUUAAAAAGGAAAUCAGGUGUAUUAUUUAAACUUGAUGGAGCUAGAAGAGCCAAGCAACCUGCAUAUUUCAUACCUGAAUUAGCUCAUGUAAUUGCUCUAUGUGAUGAAAGAAUACCAUUUGUGCAAUUAUCAUUAGAGUUAACAAAAAAUAAUGUGGCACACCAGGGAUUGCAAGUUGAAGGGCAAGCUACUGCUCUUGUAUUACGAAUACUGCAAAUGCCGCCACCUCAACCACCCUUACCUGCUUGUGCAACCAAUAGCACAUCUAUGGACCAUUUAUUCAAAGCUUUACUGAAGCGCCUACUUUCUGUAUCUAUUAGAGUGCAAUUAAGAAAUUUGAUGAGAAUAUGGACUGUUGAAUUGGUGUUUUUUGGUAGCCCGAUAUCCAGUUCUAAUCCCAAAGAACAAGGAAUGAGACGACCUGUCUACUUACAAUAUGAAAUGACACCUUCUGAAACAACACACUUGACAGUAGAGAGUUUUCUUAACGAUUGGUCUCAGAUUGCACAUUUAUACACUAUAGUACAAGAAUUUGCUGAAUAUUAUAAAGCAGAUAAGUACAACUUGCAGAGCAUAAUGUCUAUCAAAUCAUAUACCUAUUUAAAAUUAAUAUUAGGGUAUGGGUUGGAUAAAGGUGCCACAGUAACAAUUUUUUGGUCAGCUGAAACAAAAUCAUUCAGAAUGAUAUUUGGAACAAAUAGCACAGCAAUUAAUGCACAUUCCAUUAUGAGAGAACAGUUAGAAGCUCAUUUGAAUCGAUACAGAGAUUUGACACAGAUUGCAAGACUGCUGCAUGAAACGUAUGAACCUUUAGUUUCCUUAGGAAAAUUACCUAUUCUACCACAACUCGGUGUGCACAGUCAGAGACCUCAAGUUCCAGUUUCAACAUUUACUAUUUUGCCACAAUCUCCUACCCUGAUCAGAAUAGCAUAUCAGGGCAUGUAUUGUUUGGAAGUAAGAAUGAGUGGAGGUGGGCUUGUUUCAAUCAGGGAUGGUGCUUAUUCCAGAUAUGAUCGAAGUAAUGUAGUCGACGAAUUCACGCCCACUCAAGGUCUCAAGGGUUUUUUGUCACGCUUUGUUGACGAAUCAGCUGUUUCAUCGCGGCGCAGAUCUCAAUCGGAAGAUGACAAUCCACCUAGUCCAACAGUCGCUAUUGAAUCAUCGGAUGCAACAUAUAUUGGUGGUAAUCGCACACCGCAUUCUAAUGCCGGUCCAGGUGGACCACAAAGUCCUCGUGAACCUCCAGGUUCAACAGGACCUACUUUGCGAUUUCAUACUCCUCAAACGCCCCCUUCACAACAGUCGCAAACCAGCAAUCCUCACACGCCCGCUAGUCCGCAUCAUAUACAGCAGAUUCAAGGGCAGGUGGCACAAAAUCAGUAUAGUCUUACAUCGCCGACCGGCGGUGUAAUGGCGUCUCCAUCACAAGCGCAAAGUGGUCCUAGUAGUUUAAUGCCCGCAUCACCAAUGAAUGCUAUGCAACCCAGCCCUAUGAUGCUUGGAUCUCCGGGUCCCAAUCACAUAUCCAAUGCAUCAGCUCAUAACAUGGACGCGCAGCAUGGCAGUCCAUUCACAUCUGGAGUAACUUCUGGCUCAUUAGGUCAGAGCGCAGCCGGUGGCAUGCCGUCUCCUGGUUCUGCCGCUUCUAAUUGGCCAGGGUCACCAUCUGGCGGACUUGCGCCACGGCCGUCACCGCGUCUCACAGGUCUGAAUAGUCCACAGCCACAACUUAUGCAAAAUGAAAUUAUGAAAACUCAGCACCAAUCUCGUGUUCUGCCGCAAAAAUCUUGGGCUGGGGCAGUACCAACAUUAAUAACACAUGAAGCUCUGGAUCAACUAUGUAGACCUUCCCAGCAUCCACAGGCUCUUCCUGGACCAGAUAUGGCACCUUUAGAACGAUUUUUAGGUUGUGUAUAUAUGCGUAGACAGCUUCAAAGAUUUAUUCAGAAUGAAGAUUGCUUAACUGGUAUUGCUAGCACUGAGCCCGGUGUAGUACUAUUUAAAGUUGAAAGUUUGCAAUGCCGCGUUGGCUUGAAUCAGCAACAUUUGCAAAGUUUACACAUUAAAGUUUCACCAUUGCCUGAUCAUAAAGACCAGUGGACACAAGAAGAAUUGCAGAUAAUAGAAAAAUUUUUUGAAUCAAGGGCAGCUGUACCUCCAUAUAAAUCAAAUUCUUUAUCUGGUUUUGGGCGUAUGCUCAAUGUACCGUAUUCCGUUCUUAAGGAUUUUGUUCAGGUAAUGAGAUUAGAAUUAAUGCCUGGAUUGAUAAAUGCUCAACAACUAAAGUGGUCAGUUCAAUGGGCACUCCGUGUUCCACCUUCCGCUGCACCUUUAGUACCUGUUGGUAUGGCCGGUGUAAUGGUUUGUCGCAACAAAAUCCUUUUCUUUUUGCAAAUUACAAGAACUCAAUAUGCAACAGGAGUAGAACCAGCUUCUUUAGUUUUACCUUUGGUUUACGAUGUCAGUACUAAUCUUACUCAACUAGCUGAAAAAAGAGAUCCUGGUCCUGUAACAGCUCUAACGGCUGCCAGCAAUCAAUUCAAGAGAUUUUCAGAUAGCAUGCAAUUUUCAAAUCCAAAUGAAUGCUCAGUUUUUCCUGCAAUUCGAGAUAUGCUGGCUAAUUUUGUGUUACCAAAUGAUCCACCCCAACUCAUCAAUCCACAAAUUGUUGGAGUGUCAGGAUCUUCCCCUUCACCAGCAACUUCUCUUAUUCACUCGCCAAUGAUGCAAAACACCAUGGGAGGACCCUCUUAAUGUCAAAUAGAUGAGUCAUAGAAUAUCAAGUAGGGAAGAGAAGGAAUAGGGCCCAGUUAAACAGAUGUCGCUAGGAGAAAAAUAUUCUAUGAAAGGAACGGUUUGUUUAUGAAAAUUGUUCUAAAUUAUUAUAAUUAAAAAAGUGUGA